AUGGUGGAAGAACAAGAGGAGAAACGAGCAAAUAUGAAAGUCAGCAAAAAAAUGGAGGAGAAACGUAGACGCUUACAAAGGGAGAUACAGCUGACUACAGUAGUCAAGCCACAUACUCCGUUAAUUAAGUUCCCGGACAGGAAAAGUAGUCCCAAACCUAAAAUACAGGAAUCUCUAGGAGCAAGCGUGACAUCUCUCCAUGCUUCGAAGGCACAGGAGCCGACAGGAGGCGGCUCACCAGGCUUUCCAAGUAUCUCACCUGUUAGUAGAGUACAAGGCACACCAGAUACUUCUGAACUAGCAAGAAUCUUACCUCAAAAAUACAGAAGGAGACUUAUGUCAGAUGAAGAGAUCGAAUUUAUUCAACGUGGAGGUCCCGAGUAA